CAGGUGAACGCUACGAUGAAGGUCAUUAUCGCUUUAUGCCUGGUUGGGGUGAGCCUCUCCUCCCCUGUGAACCCCCCCGUCUACUCUGGCUACGCCCCCGCCCCCCAGGCCUACGACCCAGCCCCGUACCCCAGCUACCCCGCCCCCCAGGCCGAGCAGUACCAACCAGAGCCGCCCACAUAUUCUAGGGAUCCUGACUAUGACGAAGAGGAGCAAGAUCUCAACAGCAUCCCAGGCGAGCCCGGCAAGGACUACCCUGUGCACGCCGUCAUUCCCAACACCGGCUUCUCCUGCAGCGAAAGACUACCUGGCUUCUACGCCGACGAAGCCGCGCAUUGCCAGGUGUGGCACUACUGCAAGACGGACGGCCUAUUAGAGUCGUUCCUGUGCCCCAACGGCACCAUCUACAACCAGGAGAACCGAGUGUGCGAGUGGUGGUUCAACGUGCAGUGCGACGCCGCCGUCAUUGCUGCUCAGGCUAAGGUAAAUGAAGAUCUGUACAUUGUCCCACCACCAAAGGAAGAUAAGGAACACUCUCCAGCGCUCCAGUACAAGCCAAGACCUCAGUACCAGCCAGAGCCCCAGUACCAACCGGAGCCUCAGUACCAGCCUGAACCCCAGUACGAACAGCCCCCUCAGAAUUACUAUAGUUAAUCCUUAAACUCCGUUUUCUGUGAUGGCUGUAGAGGGAUCGUUAGUGUAAUGUUGAUGUUGAAAUGUUGCCUCGUGUAUUUUGUUUGUUUGUCUUUUAUCAUACAUGUGUAUCUAUAAAAGUUUAUGUUAUAUAUGUCAAAAUGUGUAUCCUGAUGUAAUUAAUUUCUGUGGUCUACUGUUUAUAAGCAGGACAUAUUUAUGCCAUUGUAAUAUCUUUCAAUGUACGUUCUUUUAAUUACCAUAAUUUAUACUUCUUCUAAAUUUGGCAUAUUGAAGGCCAACAGACGAAAGAAGGGAUUACAUGACUAGACAAACGCAUAAAUUGUUCUAGUAUAUAGGCUUACGAUAAAUAUCAGUUAUAAGCCAAUUUAUUUUGUUAAUAAAAUUAUUCAAAUUU